AUGGAGGAUCGAGCUACCGGGAACACCGAUGGAUUCGCAAUGUCCAUUGACAUCGAUGGUUUCGACGUGGCCGACGCCCCGGCUGUUAGCACCCCGGCUGAGAACGGUAUCGUGGCCAGUGACUUCCUUCGAACAGUGCUCACUUUGGACCUGUCGAAACUGGUGGCCACGGAAAUCGUGGAAUUUCUCCCGAAAUUCGACGAUCAACAGAAAUCAAGCGAAGAGUUGGUUGUGAACCUGAUGGAGUCCAUUUAUCUGACGAAAUUCUUCCAAAACGAGACAACGGCCGCUAUCGAGCAGCGAAGACAAGCGACUGCCUGA